GUUGGCUUUAAGCUAAAUCUAGCGGACGCAAAUACUGCACCAUCGUGAGGCUUGUGGCCUGUGCGAGUUACGUCUUCCCUUAUGAGAAAUUUCAGGCCCGGUUAGCAAGCUGAGGCGAUUGCGACAGCGAAACGACACAGAGCGAGGAGAUCGUGAAUCAAGUGAAGCUCAUGAAAAUUCUAAAAACCAUGUGCGACUUCGAGUUUAACCGCUCAAGGGAACACUGAAUUUUUGGACUAAAAUGGCAAAUCAUUUGCACUUCCAUAAUAUCUCCAACCGAUCGCUAUUAGAAAAGGAGAAAUAUCUGCUACAAGAGUUUGACAUUGGACGAUGCAUCCCUUCCGUUUGUUUGAUCUUUUUCUCGCUAUUGACGAACUCCAUUGUCGUCAUUUCUUACUCUUUGAACCACAAGAUGCGAACUACAACAAACACGAUGGUUUUGAAUCACUGCCUGGUGGACAUUCUCCUUGCCCUAUCGGAUAUUGCUUUUUAUCUCACACCGGCUUAUAUUCCAAGGCUUACGAAUAGCUACCUAUUUUGCGAAUUGUCGGUUUCUCUCGAUAGCCUGCUCAAGGCGGCGUCGAUCCUGAGCAUGAGUGGAAUAGCCAUCGAUAGAUACAUAAACCUGGUAAGACCUAGAAAAAAAAUGACAAAAAAGCAAACUGUAGCGUCCUUGAUAUGGUGCUGGAUGCAAUCUACAAUUGCAGCGAUUCCGUGGCACGCAAACUCUCUCAAGCAUCGAUCUGAAAACUCUCUCAGUCAGCUGGCUCUAGUUUGUCACACUCUUCCUCGCCUAUUUGAGGCGGGGAUGCCGUCGACUGCCUUGUCCAUUUUUCACAAGACUGUGUGCAUAAUGAUUCCUCAAAUGUACAUCUAUUACGUUUCAUGCCGCGUUUUCAGCGCUCUGCGGCGAAGACGGAGGGUGAAAAUAAGAGACAGUUUACUUAGAGUUACAACAUGGCCCAAUUCCGCAAAUAGUUUUGUUGCACGUGCUCAGACAAAGUCGCCGAUCACUGCUAUGGUCCUGUUUCUGCUCUACGUACUUUGCACAGCACCGUUCGUUGUAGCGAUAGUUUGGACGAUGUUACCGGAAAAUCAGGUCCUUUCCUCAGGAGUGGCUUUCACUGUAUACUUCUUCUUUCGUCUCAAGGGAUCUUUAUUUCCGGUGCUGUAUAUUCUAAGAAACCGUGUAGUUUUAAAUUCGCUGCAGAAAUUUACGUGCUGCUCGAAUUUCUCAAGAUUUCAGAGCUGUGGAAUCUCAUUCGAUAAGCGUAAUUCAGGUAUCAACUUCUCCGGGUGGAACUGUGUUACAUCUAAACAAAUAGCAACAAAGGGUUUUCGACGGCGGGAACCCAUGCGGAAAGAAUCAAGUGCCUUCUACUCAAUCAAAAGUGCUAACGUAGAAUUGAACUUCACUGAUCUUAAAACUGCAACUGGAGAUUCUUCAUAAGGGAACGACUGCUUCCUGCCUUAAGGGAAAUCAUUACAACCUAGGAGUCACAGAAAUAAGGUCUAAUCCGUUUCCUAUUAAAAUUUAAUUUCAUGAUUCUGAUUGGAGGUAUACAGUAGUGCCCAGAGCCGAAAUUUAAAAUCAUAAUUAUUUCUUAGCUUGCUACCUUAAAGAGUGCUUUUUAUCUCAACUCAAUGCCAUAGCAACUUAGAGUAUUUCCUUAUAGAUGACCAGUUGAAAGCAAGAGUUUAUAGUCUCUUGCUGGGAGUUAGUUUUGAGCCAGAUUCCAUAAUCUUCUGAUUUAGGGUACCAGUCUUGAGUUAUUGCCUGGGGUGUGAGAGGUGUCACAAUAAAUUUUAUCAGUUUACCCCUUUCCCCCACCCCAUGGUAUUCUGAUGGGCCUCAUUGUCAGUAAAUUUUCUGUUAGCGAGACUGACCCCCACCUCCAUUCCUUCUGAAAACCAUGUGAUCCCCAAAAACCCUCAAACCCACCACCCCUCUCCCCUCCGAAUAGGUCAGUCUCGUCAGCUUCCCCAAAAAGAGUGCUUAUUUCAGGCCUUUUCGUUGUUCUUAACGCAGAAAAAAAAUUAAUCACGUUUUGUUCAAGAAGUCAUACACAUUGUUCUUUCUAUGGCAGUAUCAUGGCUGUAUUUCAUCUGACCGAAAAACAAUUAUUUCCAUAAUUCAAAUUGGAAGUCCAAAACAGCAAGUUAUUG